GUCGGCCUCGUCUGACACCUCACAAUCGACCCCCAUCACUGCGCGCACACUCGACGUAGAGGGAGUGUAUUCAACGGGGUAGCGACUCGCCCGGGACCGCCGCGACUUUUUUUCCCUUCUCCUCCAUCACCCGCCACCACACACCACCUCACCCUUAACAUGCCCAGCCCCGAGAUCCGUGCGGUGGCCGAGUCCAUCUUUGCCGAGCUCCUCGGCGAGAGCGUGCUGACGACCACGAUCGAGGCACACCGCGAGAUCAAGCGCGGGCAAGCGAUGUGUGGGAUUUGCGGCACGCGAUGCCGCGCACACGACCCCAUCCAGCCGCUCGCGUCGGGCGCGUCCUCCACCGCCGCGUCCCGCGAGAGCUCCCCGGCCAAGGGGCUGCUCACGACCACCCGGCCAGCGGGGUACCCUGUCGGCCCGGAGAAGGGGACCGGCGGCGGCACGGGCGUGGGGAGCGGCAGCGGGCGGAUGGACGCGAGUGGCAACGUCUUCUUCGACUGUCUGGUCUGUGGGCGGAGUAUAACAUCGGCUCGAUACGCGCCCCACCUCGCAUCGUGCCUCGGCUUCUCGGGCUCGACGCGGCGCGGUGCGAGCCGCAUGGCAGCAGCCAAGGCGCGCCUGGGCACCAACGACCGUGCAAGCCCGUCGCCGUACCUCGCGAGCGAGAACGACAGCGACGCGGACAGCGUCGGCGGUGGCGCGAGCAAGCGGAAGAAGCUGCUGAACGGCAAGUCCCGCGCCCAGUCGCCAACCAAGGCGAGCCUAAAGAAGAAGUUUGCGCACUCGGGCAGUGCUCCGCCGUCAGCAGGCCGGCCACCACACCCGCCGUCCCGGCUCGGCCGGCCGCCAAUGGGCACGAAGGCGCACUCGGCGUCGCCGUUCUCGCCGGAGAAGGCGACGACAGGCGCGUCGUUCCGCGAAGGCUCGGCCGGGUCCGUCGCAUCCGCCGGCGCAGAGAUUGGCCGCAAGACACUCCCGGGCAUGAACCGCGCCUCGGUGCCCCCCUCUGCGCCGCCGAGCCAGGGCUCCGUCGCGACUGGCAGCGGGAGCCGCGCGCCGAGCGAGGCGCCAAAGGCCAGCCCGCCGCCUCCGCCUCCGCCGGCGGGCGACGAGUCGAGCGAAGGAGACGACGAUUACUAGUGUGCGAGCUUGUAGGUGCAUGUAUUAUUGUAUGG